GAAAGCUCCCCUGGCGCCAGUAUUGAAACAUUUGAGACCAGAGCCAUUUUCAGACCUCACGGUAACGGCAACUGACAGGGCUUAUUUUUCCAUCGGAAACAAAAAGCUUUGUCACAGGUAAUGGGGCUCAAAGGAGGCAUAGGCUGCCUUCUUGCCUUAUUUGCGGGCCUAUUAUGGCUAGAAUCUACGUACUCACAGCAAAUCCUGCCCGAUUGGCCGAAGAUCGGCGACCGUAUAACGCAACCUUUCCUUGACCAGCUCAUGGUCAGUCAGUUGCUCGAACAAAACCUUACCCUCGGUUUCUUCUUGAAAGGACUCAAUGGUCCCCCUGGGCCCCCAGGGCCUCCAGGCGCUCCUGGAGAACCCGGACCUCCAGGAUUAGCCGGACCUGCCGGAACACCCGGUCAUGUGGGUGAAGACGGUGCCCCUGGAGCAACGGGUACAUCCGGGCCACCAGGACCACCUGGACCUCCCGGAAUGCCUGGAGAUAAGGGAGACCCCGGAGAACAGGGAGCCCCCGGUGCUGCUGGUCUUCCCGGUGCCCCCGGUCUACCUGGAGCGCAAGGACCUAUGGGUCCUGCUGGUCCCGAACCAAUUAUGCCGAACUUUACUGUAAUCUGCGAAGGUGAGAAGGGCUGGGUACAAUGCAAACAAUACGAACUCAUCAAGAUCACCAAGGCAUUCUGGGGUCGUGACGACCACGUGACGUGUCCCAAGAUUCCAGCAGGGCUCACAUCCGACAGACUGUGCGAAACAACGGCAGAUAACACUCUGAAAAAAGUAAAUGGACAGUGUAAAAACGAACAAGCCUGUGAAGUGGUGGCUUCAAACAUUUUCUUUGACGACGACACGUGCGGUAACGUAUACAAGUAUUUAAAAAUCUGGUACGAGUGCAUUCCGGAUGAAGCAAACGCCGUGGACGUAUUGAAAGACGGAGGCAAGCGACGACGUCGACGAAAGAAGAAGAGGGCAACAAAAGACAAAAGGUCCUCAAAGGAAUAAGCACAGACUGUAGAAUAACAAAAUUAACUUAAGACUUCUACGUUACUUCAACAGCAACUCGAUUUUCCUGAGGCACUUUAGCUUCGGUGUUCAUCACUUUGCAAAACAUUCUCAUUAACAAAAAAAAAGCAUGCUUACUUGUUAAGCAAAUUUUCGCAUUGAGCAGCAAAACCCACAUGAGUGAGCGGCGUCCGAACACUUUGUGUCAAUAUGUAUGUAUAUUGAAGUUUAACUUUAUUUGAUAAAGAAUGUACCAAUUGAGACCCAAGUCAUUUAGGUGACUGCAUUAGUUUGAUUUAGGAGGGAAAAACCAGAUGUACUGGUUUCAGGGGUGGAGACACGCGGAAUAGCCGCACCCCCUUCCUUCUCAAGUUGUGUUGAUUCGUUUUCUGAACACUCUGUACAAUAUUUUCGGGAAGAAUGUUAAAUUAAAAGAAGCAGGAGACCUGUACAAUAGGCUUGCCAUUCGUUUCGUUAUCGGUAAGUUUGAGCUAAAAUAAAAAGUAUUAACAACGUACCAGACGAAGUUUGGACUAAACAUGCGACUCAGUUUGACAAGUCGCCACGCCUUUGUGUAGUCAAACGUGCUUAUUUUGGUAUGUCAUUUGUGUACGACCUCCAGCAAUGGGCUUGCUUGGAACAUAACUAUGGUCAUGGUUAAACAAAAUGGAAAUAAAUUAGAGGUUUUCUUCA